AUAUAAGCCAGCCAAAGCUGGCUGCACUGGCCACAGCCUGCCUACUGUCCCACGCUCUCCCGCGCAGACACACACGGCCCCUCCUCCGCGCACAGACAGCGUGGGGUGGCCUGUCUCUGGGGCGCAGCGCACCUGGGAGUCCCGCGGCUGCUGCUCACGUCCAGGUACUGAUUCCAUGGAGCUGGUUCAUUCAAGGAUCUAGGUCUUUUCCAACUCCGGAAAGAAGAGAAUUCCUUCAAGAAGAUCAGGAACAACUGAUUUAGAUUCAACUCUCGGCUUCCAAGUCCCCAUCUCUGCCUGAGAGUGAGACACCUAGGAUCCUAGAACCCGAGAAACACCCAGCCAAACCCACCUCCGCCAUGGGGGCUGUGACUCGGCUCCUGGCAGGCAUCUGCCUAGCUUUUCUCGCCCUCAGGGCUGAUGGAGGGGUGCUCAAGAAAGUCAUCCGGCACAAGCGGCAGAGUGGGGUGAACAUCACUCUGCCGGAGGAAAACCAGCCCGUGGUGUUUAACCACAUCUACAACAUCAAGCUGCCUGUAGGGGCCCAGUGCUCCGUGGAUCUAGAAUCAGCCAGUGGCGAGAAAGAGCUGGCCCCACCAUCGGAGCCCAGGGAAACCUUCCAGGAGCACACGCUGGACAGGGAAAACCAGAUCGUCUUCACCCACCGCAUCAACAUCCCCCGCCGGGCCUGUGGGUGUGCUGCUGCUCCUGACGUCAAGGAGCUCCUGAGCAGGCUGGAGGAGCUGGAGAACCUGGUGUCUUCCCUGCGGGAGCAGUGCACCAUGGGAGCAGGCUGCUGUCUCCAGCCUGCUGAAGGCCGCCUGGACACCAGGCCCUUCUGCAGUGGCCACGGGAACUUCAGCACUGAAGGAUGUGGCUGUGUUUGUGAACCUGGCUGGAAAGGCCCCAACUGCUCUGAGCCCGACUGUCCAGGCAACUGCCACCUGCAAGGCCAGUGCCUCGACGGGCAGUGCAUCUGUGACGAGGGCUUCACCGGGGAGGACUGCAGCCAGCUGGCCUGCCCCAGCGACUGCAAUGACCAGGGCAAGUGCACGAAUGGGGUCUGCAUCUGUUUCGAAGGCUAUACCGGCGCUGACUGCAGCCGGGAGGUCUGCCCGGUGCCCUGCAGCAAGGAGCAUGGCAGGUGUGUGGACGGCCAGUGUGUGUGCCAGGACGGCUUUGCCGGCGACGACUGCAAUGAGCCCCUGUGCCUCAACAAUUGCUACAACCGUGGGCGCUGCGUGGAGAACGAGUGUGUGUGUGAUGAGGGCUUCACUGGCGAGGACUGCAGCGAGCUGAUCUGCCCCAAGGACUGUUUCGACCGGGGCCGCUGCGUCAACGGCACCUGCUACUGCGAAGAAGGCUUCACGGGGGAGGACUGUGGCCAGCUCACCUGCCCGCACGCCUGCCACGGCCAGGGCCGGUGCGAGGCGGGGCAGUGCGUGUGCCACGAGGGCUUUGCCGGCGUGGACUGCAGCGAGAAGAGGUGUCCCGCCGACUGUCACCACCACGGCCGCUGCACCGACGGGCAGUGUGAGUGUGACGAUGGCUUCACGGGAGCUGACUGCAGUGAGCUCCGAUGCCCCAACAGCUGUAGUGGCCACGGCCACUGUGUCAACGGGCAGUGCGUGUGUGACGAGGGCUACACUGGGGAGGACUGUAGCCAGCUGCGGUGCCCCAACGACUGCAACAGCCGGGGCCGCUGCAUCGAGGGGAAGUGCGUGUGCGAACAAGGCUUCCAGGGCUACGACUGCAGUGAAAUGAGCUGUCCCAAUGACUGUCACCAGCACGGCCGCUGCGUGAAUGGCAUGUGUGUCUGUGAUGAUGGCUACACCGGUGAGGACUGCCGGGAUCUGCGGUGUCCCAAGGACUGCAGCCACCGGGGCCGCUGUGUGGAGGGGCAAUGUGUGUGUGAGGACGGCUUCACCGGCCGCGACUGUGCGGAACUCGCCUGUCCCAGCGACUGCCACGGCCAGGGCCGCUGCGUCAACGGGCAGUGUGUGUGCCACGAAGGCUUCAUGGGCAAAGACUGCAAGGAGCGAAGGUGUCCCAGCGACUGCCACGGUCGAGGUCGCUGCGUGGAUGGCCAGUGCGUCUGCCACGAGGGCUUCACGGGCCCAGACUGUGGGCAGCGUUCCUGCCCCAAUGACUGCAGUAACUUGGGACAGUGCGUGGCAGGCCGCUGCAUCUGCAACGAGGGCUACACCGGGGAAGACUGCUCGGAGGUGUCCCCUCCCAAAGACCUCAUUGUGACCGAAGUGACAGAAGAGACUGUAAACCUGGCCUGGGACAACGAGAUGCGGGUCACAGAGUACCUUGUGAUGUACACACCCACCCACGAGGACGGCCUGGAAAUGCAGUUCCGGGUCCCCGGGGACCAGACGUCCGCCACGAUCCGGGAGUUGGAGCCUGGCGUAGAGUACUUUAUCCGGGUGUUCGCCAUCCUGGAGAACAAGAAGAGCAUUCCCGUCAGCGCACGGGUGGCCACUUACCUGCCUGCACCUGAAGGCCUCAAAUUCAAGUCCAUCAAGGAGACAUCUGUGGAAGUGGAGUGGGAUCCUCUGGACAUUGCUUUUGAGACAUGGGAGAUCAUCUUCCGGAAUAUGAAUAAGGAAGAUGAGGAAGAGAUCACCAAAAGCCUGAGAAGGCCAGAGACCACAUACCGGCAAACAGGCCUGGCUCCUGGACAGGAAUAUGAGAUAUCUCUGCACAUCGUGAAAAACAAUACUCGGGGCCCAGGCCUAAAGAAGGUGACAACCACCCGCCUGGAUGCUCCCAGCCAGAUGGAGGUGAAAGACGUCACAGACACCACGGCACUGGUCACCUGGUUCAAGCCCCUGGCCGAGAUCGAUGGCAUCGAGCUCUCCUAUGGGAUCAAGGAUGUGCCGGGCGACCGCACCACCAUCGAUCUCACGGCUGAUGAGACCCAGUAUUCCAUCGGGAACCUGAAGCCCGACACUGAGUACGAGGUGUCCCUCACCUCCCGCAGGGUCGACAUGGCCAGCAACCCUGCCAAAGAGACCUUCACAACAGGGCUGGAUGCUCCCAGGAACCUCCGCCGUGUCUCUCAGACUGACAGCAGCAUCACCCUGGAGUGGAGGAACGGCAAGGCCGCGAUCGACAGCUACAGAAUUAAGUACGCACCCAUCUCUGGAGGCGACCACGCUGAGGUCGAAGUCCCGAAGAGCCAACAAGCCACAACCAAGACCACACUCACAGGCCUGAGGCCAGGAACUGAAUAUGGGAUUGGCGUGUCUGCUGUGAAGGGGGACAUGGAAAGCAAUCCAGCCACCAUCAAUGCGGCCACAGAUAUGGACGCACCCAAGGACCUUCGGGUUUCUGAGACGACGGAGACCACCCUGACCCUGUUCUGGAAGUCACCAUUGGCCAAGUUUGACCAUUACCGCCUCAACUACAGCCUUGCCUCGGGCCAGCCAAUGGAGGUGCAGCUUCCCAGAGACACCACUUCCUACGUCCUGAGAGGCCUGGAACCUGGGAAGGAAUAUUCCAUCCUCCUGAGAGCAGAGAAGGGCAGGCACAGGAGCAAGCCCGCGCGGGUAAAGGCGUCCACAGACCACACCCCUGAACUGGAAAACCUCACCGUGACCAAGGUUGGCUGGGAUGGCCUCAAACUCAACUGGACCGCAGCUGACCAGGCCUAUGAGCACUUUGUCAUUCAGGUGCAGGAGGCCAACAAGGUGGAGGCAGCUCAGAACCUCACAGUGCCUGGCAGCCUGCGGGCUAUGGACAUCCCCGGCCUCAAGGCUGCCACCCCUUACAGAGUUACCAUCUAUGGGGUGAUCCGGGGCUAUAGAACACCAGUGCUCUCCACUGAGGCCUCCACAGGGGAAAUUCCCAGUUUGGGAGAGGUCACCGUGUCCAAGGUGGGCUGGAGCAACCUCAAGCUCAACUGGAGUGCUCCGGAAGGAGCCUACGAGCAGUUUUUUAUUCAGGUGCAGGAGACUGGCUCGGUAGAGUCGGCCCAGAACCUCACCGUCCCGGGAGGGCUGAGGUCCGUGGACCUGCCUGGGCUCAGAGCAGCCACUCAUUACAGCGUCACCAUUCGCGGGGUCACUCGGGACUUCAGCACAGCCCCUCUCUCUGUUGAAGUCUUGACAGAAGAGGUUCCAGAUCUGGGAAACCUCACAGUGACCGAGGUUAGCUGGGAUGCGCUCAGACUGCACUGGACCACCCCAGAAGGGAUCUAUGAGCAGUUUGUCAUUGAGGUCCAGGAGGCUGGCCAGGCCAAAGAAGUUCACAGCCUCACCGUUCCUGGCAGCCUGAGCUCCGUGGAAAUCCCAGGCCUCAGGGCUGGUACCCCUUACACAAUCACCCUGCACGGCGAGGUCGGGGACCGCAGCACUCGACCCCUUGGUGUGGAGGUCACCACAGAGGAGCUCCCCCUGCUGGGAGGCUUAGCCGUGACUGAGGUUGGCUGGGAUGGCCUCAAACUCAACUGGACCGCAGCUGACCAGGCCUAUGAGCACUUUGUCAUUCAGGUGCAGGAGGCCAACAAGGUGGAAGCAGCUCAGAACCUCACGGUGCCUGGCAGCCUGCGGGCUAUGGACAUCCCGGGCCUCAAGGCCGCCACCCCUUACAGAGUUACCAUCUAUGGGGUGAUCCGGGGCUAUAGAACACCAGUGCUCUCCACUGAGGCCUCCACAGCCAGAGAACCAGAAAUUGGAAACUUAAAUGUUUCCGACAUAACCCCUGAGAGCUUCAAUCUCUCCUGGACAGCUACCGAUGGAGCCUUCGAGACCUUUACCAUUGAAAUUAUUGAUUCCAAUAGGUUACUGGAGACGAUGCAAUACAGAAUCUCUGGUGCUGAACGAACUGCCCACAUCUCAGGGCUACGCCCUAGUAAUGAUUUUAUUGUCUACCUCUCUGGACUUGCUCCCAGCAUCCGGACCAAAACCAUCAAUAUCACAGCCACCACAGGUACACAUGCAUCCUCCCCUUCAGAGCCAGAGCCACAGUUGGGCAUGCUAAUCUUUAGCAAUAUUACUUCUGACAGCUUCAACGUGUCAUGGACCAUUCAAGCUGGGCCUCUUGCAAAGAUUGUUAUCAAUGUUAGCGAUUCUCAUUCGCUGCAUGAGCCCCAGCAAUUCACAGUCUCAGGAGACGCACAGCACGCUCACAUCACCGGCUUGGUGGAGAACACUGGCUAUGACGUUAGUGUGACAGGGACCACCUGGGCUGGGGAGCCCACCAGACCCCUCACUGCCUUUGUCAUGACAGAGGCUCUGCCCCUUCUGGAAAACCUAACCAUUUCCGACAUUAAUCCCUACGGGUUCACAGUUUCCUGGAUGGCAUCGGAGAAUGCCUUUGACAGCUUCCUAGUCACGGUGGUGGAUUCAGGGAGGCUGCUGGAUCCCCAGGAAUUCACACUUUCAGGACCCCAGAGGAAGCUGGAGCUCAGAGGCCUCAUAACCGGCAUUGGCUAUGAGGUUAUGGUCUCUGGCUUUACCCAAGGGCACCAAACGAAGCCCUUGAGGGCUGAGAUUGUUACAGAAGCCGAACCAGAGGUUGACAACCUUCUGGUUUCAGAUGCCACCCCAGAUGGUUUCCGUCUGUCCUGGACCGCUGAUGAAGGGGUCUUUGACAGUUUUGUUCUCAAAAUCAGAGAUACCAAAAAGCAGUCUGAGCCACUGGAAAUAACCCUCCUUGCCCCCGAGCGUACCAAGGACAUAACAGGUCUCAGAGAGGCCACCGCAUAUGAAAUUGAACUCUAUGGAAUAAGCAGUGGAAGGCGCUCCCAGCCAGUCAGUGCUCUGGCGACAACAGCCAUGGGCUCCCCGAAGGAAAUCAUCUUCUCAGACAUCACUGAAAACUCGGCUACUGUCAGCUGGAUGGCACCCACUGCCCAGGUGGAGAACUUCCGGGUCACCUACGUGCCCAUGGCUGGAGGUACACCACAAGUGGUCACUGUGGACGGAACCGGGACCCGGGCCAGGCUGGUGAAACUCUUACCUGGAUCCGAGUACCUUGUCAGCAUCAUCGCCACAAAGGGCUUCGAGGAAAGCGAACCCGUCUCGGGAACCUUCACCACAGCUCUGGACAGCCCCUCUGGCCUGGUGACAGCCAACAUCACCGACUCAGAAGCCCUGGCCAUGUGGCAGCCAGCCAUCGCCCCCGUGGACAGUUAUGUCAUCUCCUACACAGGGGAGAAAGUGCCAGAAAUUACGAGAACAGUGUCCGGGAACACGGUGGAGUACGUGCUGACCAACCUCGAGCCGGCCACGGAGUACACGCUAAGGAUCUUUGCAGAAAAAGGGCCCCAGAAAAGCUCCACCAUCAAUACCAAGUUCACGACAGACCUCGAUGCUCCUAGAGACUUGACUGCUACCGAGGUUCAGUCGGAAAGUGCCGUCCUCACCUGGCGACCCCCCCGGGCAUCUGUCACCGGUUACCUAUUGGUGUAUGAAUCCGCGGAUGGUACAGUCAAGGAAGUCAUUUUGGGGCCAGACACCACCUCCUACAGCCUAGCAGAGCUGAGCCCAUCCACUCACUACACAGCAAAGAUCCAGGCACUGCGUGGGCCCCUGAGGAGCAAGCUGGUCCAGACCAUCUUCACCACAAUUGGACUCCUGUACCCAUUCCCCAGGGACUGCUCCCAAGCAAUGCUGAACGGAGACACAACCUCUGGCCUCUACACCAUUUAUCUGAACAGCAAUAAGACCCAGCCUUUGGAAGUCUUCUGUGACAUGACCUCUGACGGGGGUGGAUGGAUCGUAUUCCUGAGACGCAAAAACGGGCGUGAGGAUUUCUACCGAAACUGGAAGGCCUAUGCUGCUGGCUUUGGGGACCGCAAAGAAGAAUUCUGGCUUGGGCUGGACAACCUGAACAAAAUCACAUCCCAAGGGCAGUACGAGCUCCGUGUGGACCUGCAGGACCGCGGGAAGACAGCCUACGCCGUCUACAACAGGUUCAGCGUGGGAGAUGCGAAGACUCGCUACAAGCUGAAGGUGGAGGAAUACAGUGGCACAGCAGGUGAUUCGAUGGCCUACCACAAUGGCAGGUCCUUCUCCACCUUCGACAAGGACACGGACUCAGCCAUCACCAACUGUGCUCUGUCCUACAAGGGGGCCUUCUGGUAUAAGAACUGUCACCGUGUCAACCUAAUGGGCAGAUACGGAGACGAUAACCACAGUCAGGGUGUUAACUGGUUCCACUGGAAGGGCCACGAACAUUCAAUCCAGUUUGCCGAGAUGAAGUUGAGACCCAGCAACUUCCGAAAUCUCGAAGGCAGGCGCAAACGGGCGUAAAAUUCAGGGACAACUCGGUGAGAGAGGUGUAGGGCCCAGAGGAAGACAAAAAUUCUACCAAAGUAUCAAUACAACCCAUCUAACCGUCAAGCCACACCUGGGCACUUGGCAGGAGUUAACAUUGACCAUGGAGCAGCGGGGCCACUGGCAGGAGCGCUGGCCUCCGAGCUCCGCAAUUCCUUCCUUCGCACCAAAGACGACAGUCUCCAGCAGGUUUCUGUUUUGUUGUUUCGGAUCAGCAAACCGCUCCCAGGGACAGCAGCACGAGGGUUUCUGGUUUCCCCUCUCGGGGCGCCUCUGGGGCUGGGAGAGGGGUGGGCUGUACAGUGGUAGUCUGUUUUAGAACCAGCUGUAUUUUACACAGAGCUGUGUAAUUAAUUAUCACUAUUUUUGUUAGCAACGAUUCAAUGUGUGUCAUUGGGAGCCAUGCCUGUGUUUUACAUUUCAUACUGCAGAACCCAGACAAGCAAUGCCGUUUCCAUGUCAAGGAUGUAAUUAAUGUUAUUAAUAUAAUAAUGAUGAUGAAAGCUAAGGACUUUUAAAGACAUCUUCCUUUCCAAAACACACGUGGACAGUACCUGAUUGUAUUUUUUUUAAUAAAAGCACAAGUACUUUUAAA